ACAUGGGCGUGGUCAGUGAACACCUCCCUCUCUCUCCAAACAGACAUUUUUGUGAUACCAGCUUACGGGAAACAGAACAUCGAUCUCGAAUUACUCUUAAAAGUUGUUGCCUGUUGUGCUGACCGGAUAUCGGACUCAAGAUGUUCUACACGUGUGGACCCAACGAAGCCAUGGUGGUGUCUGGCUUUGGCCGUUCUCCACCUCUAAUGAUUGCUGGAGGAAGAGUGUUUGUCUUCCCAUGUAUUCAGCAGAUCCAGAGAAUCACUCUCAACACCCUGACUCUAAAUGUGAAGAGUGACAAGGUGUACACCCGCCAUGGUGUCCCUAUCUCUGUCACUGGCAUUGCACAGGUGAAGAUUCAGGGCCAGAACAAGGAGAUGUUGGCCACUGCCUGUCAGAUGUUUAUGGGAAAGUCUGAGCAAGAGAUUGCUCAGAUUGCACUUGAGACACUGGAGGGACACCAGAGAGCCAUCAUCGCCCAUUUGACUGUGGAGGAGAUCUACCAGGACCGUAAGAAGUUUUCCGAGCAGGUCUUUAAAGUGGCCUCCUCUGACCUGGUCAACAUGGGAAUUGGUGUUGUCAGCUACACGCUCAAAGAUGUUCAUGAUGAUCAGGAUUACCUUCACUCACUGGGUAAAGCCAGAACAGCCCAGGUGCAGAAGGACGCCAGGAUUGGAGAGGCUCAGUACAAACGGGAUGCUGUCAUCAGAGAGGCCCAUGCAAUGCAGGAGAAGGUGUCAGCUCAGUAUAAAAAUGAGAUUGAAAUGGCAAAAGCCCAGAGAGACUAUGAGCUGAAGAAGGCAGCCUAUGACGUUGAGGUCAACACCAAGAAGGCUGAGUCAGAAAUGGCCUAUCAACUUCAGGUGGCUAAGACCAAGCAGCGUAUUGAGGAGGAGACGAUGCAGGUUCAGGUGGUUGAGCGUACACAGCAGAUUACUCUGCAGGACCAGGAGAUUAUCCGCAAGGAAAAGGAGCUGGAGGCCAAAGUUAAGAAGCCUGCAGAUGCUGAGAAAUACCGCCUGGAGAAGUUGGCUGAGGCGCAGCGCGUGCAGCUCAUCAUGGAGGCUGAGGCCGAGGCUGAGUCCAUCAGGAUGAAGGGAGAGGCAGAGGCUUUUGCUCUGGAGGCUAAAGGCCGUGCUGAGGCCGAGCAAAUGGCCAAAAAGGCCGAGGCCUUCAAGCAGUACAAAGAGGGAGCCAUGGUGGACAUGCUGCUGGAAAAACUGCCCCUGAUGGCAGAGGAGAUCAGUAAGCCACUGUCAGCAGCCCAGAAGGUCACCAUGGUGUCCAGUGGUGGCUCAGAUGUGGGAGCAGCCAAACUUGCUGGAGAGGUGCUGGAUAUCAUGACCAGGCUGCCGAUAACUUUGGAGAAACUCACUGGAGUUGACAUCUCCCAGGCUGCAGGAAAGACCACCCGUGUGCAUUAAGAAGAGAGGGAGCAUGAAAGUAAUCAGGAGAGUUGACUUCAAUAUUUAGGCUCCAUAUCUCCUCCUUGUGCCUGGAACCACUGUGCUGACUCGCAACACCAUAGUCCUGUCUUCUUGUCUGUAUGCAUGCAUGUGUUUCACUUGAGUUCCUUCUUAAACUAAACAGAAUGACAUUUGUGUUUUUUUCAUUUAUGAGGUUUUGAGUCCCAGAACUGUGCUACAAUCAGCUACAAAAUAUGUAAUUUCUGAUGCCGUUUUUAUGUCUGGAGGAGACAAAAGCCUCAUCCCACUUCAGCCGAAGAGGAACUAGGAAUAUUUACACUUCAUUGUUUUAUACCUGACUUUCAGUAUGCAACUUUUAACUUUCUUGCAGCAAUUAUAUUCCCUGCGCACUGACUGGGGCAAUUAACUGCUGUUGCAUUUUUAACAAGUAAAAUUAGGAAAAGUUCAUAGCUGUUGUCCAAAUUAUUGCCUGUGCCUUUCAGUUCAAUAAAUUAAGCAAAGAAAUCAGGCUAGUUCAGGUAGACCAGGUCAUUAGCUGCUGCACUCCUCAGCAACACAUACAGUCAGUAAUGGUGAUGUUGCUCAGCUGUCAGUGCUGCAGGCUGAGGAGUCUUUAGCCUGAUGUUCCCUUUUGGAAAGCGACCAAUCAGAGCUUGGACGCCAGGAAUUAAUGCUGUCCUACAUUUAGUCCAUGUGAGUUGACUGACUGACGUCUUGCUGUGCUCUUUUAUCACAUCAUCACAUUCUAGUUUUGUGUGUGGAGUUAUUAUUACUGUCAUCUUUGUUUUUUUUAUAUACUAAACAUACUAAGCCCCAUGUUUUCUCCCAUUGGUCUGCUGUCAGUAUACAUCACUCUUCUCUGUGUAGUAACUGACUCUGUUGACACUAAUGGGCCCAUAAUUGUCAAUUCGAACUGCAAGUGGAAGGAUUUUCUUUGUUUUGAAAUGGAGCAGGAGGAAGUGGUUGAUGGGGACAAGGAAUGAGGGUUUUCUGUUCAAAGCGGUGCAAGUAGGUUGUGGUGAGACAAGCUGCAGUGUUCUCAUCUUUGAUUUUAUAGUCUUCAGUUAGUAAGGAAGAACAAUGUUACAUAAUAAAGUCACUAACCAGUGUGCUGCCUUCAUUACUUGCUGCUUUGAGUCUAAAAUGUUUUGAGACAUAGUGUGAUUUCUGUUGUAUUUUUAUUGUUGUACUAAUUUCCUAUGUUAGUCUGAUCCUAAGUAUUAUAAAUACAGAUUCUUGCUAUUAUAGUUUUUAAGUGUCAUAGUUUUGAUCAGGAAUUUUUAUUCUCCUUUUUUCAGAAUCAUUAACUCUUCAGAGUUUUCUAGCUGCCAAGCCUUAUGCAUUUUGUUACCGCCAAGUGCCUGUUCAGAACUCCUCAGUCAAGUUUACCUCUGUAGUUGAUCUUAUUAAAACUUCUGUCAGGGAGUAGUUCCUCAUGUCCAACUGAUUUAAGCCAUUGGUCGUCACUGUUGACAGCCUGCGAAUGAAAGCCAAAUUAGUCUUGACUUCUUUCAUAUGUUCUUGUGAUUAACACUUUCCAUCCAAAACUGUUGCAUGUCUAUUCGUAGUCGAUAUAAAAAUAGUUCCUACUAAAUGUUAAAGCUAGCUUCUUGUGUCAAUAUUCAAGAUUAUCUAUAGACUGACAAUAAAAUAUGUUUAAAUCACAGAAACCAA